GCAUAGCUACGGAUCCUUGCAUUAGCCAUCCAUUUCCGGCAUGUGAAAAACAACCACCAAGGGCCGUUUUCAGCGGAGGACUUGCUUCCGGCCGAGGGAGCCGGCGUACAGCUUUCCAGGUCAUGUGGCCAGCAUGACUAAGCCGCUUCUGUACCUGUCAAAUAAGUGAGGAUGGGACGUUCCUCCAAAGACAAGCGUGAUAUUUACUACCGCCUGGCCAAAGAAGAGGGGUGGCGAGCCCGUAGUGCGUUCAAACUUCUGCAACUGGAUGAGGAAUACCAUUUGUUUCAAGGUGUCUCUAGGGCUGUGGACCUCUGCGCAGCUCCUGGGAGCUGGAGCCAGGUUUUAAGCCGAAAGAUCAAAGGAGAAGACAUUAAAAACUCUGAUGUCAAGAUAGUAGCUGUAGAUUUGCAAGCCAUGGCUCCGUUGCCAGGUGUCAUCCAAAUUCAGGGGGACAUUACCAAGGUCUCUACAGCUCAGGAGAUCAUUUGCCAUUUUGAAGGGCAGCCCGCUGACCUGGUGGUGUGUGAUGGAGCCCCUGACGUGACCGGACUCCAUGACAUAGAUGAGUACAUUCAGGCCCAGCUGUUGCUCGCUGCUCUGAACAUCACUACGCACGUGCUAAAGAAGGGAGGGACAUUUGUAGCAAAGAUAUUCCGAGGGAAGGACAUCACCCUCCUCUAUUCCCAGCUGCGGAUUUUCUUUCCUGAUGUGACGUGCGCCAAACCCCGAAGUAGCCGCAACUCCAGCAUCGAGGCCUUUGUUGUUUGCCGAAACUACAGCCCCCCCGAAGGCUACGUGCCAAACAUGUCAAAUCCCUUGCUGGAUCACUGUUACGAUGUGGAUUUUAACCAGCUGGAGGGCCCCAACCGGGUGAUUGUCCCCUUCCUGGCUUGUGGAGACCUGAGUGCUUAUGAUUCCGACCGGACGUACCCUCUGCAGCUGGAUCCCGAGAAGAAAUACACUUACGUACCCCCGACUCAGCCUCCCAUCUGCCCUCCCUACGAAGAGGCCUGCUUCUUGAAGAAACACAAUCUGCUGACCAAGGAGCAAGUGCCCCGGCCUCAGCAGGGAAAUGCCCUCCUGGAGCAGCAAGAGCAGGGGGCUGCAUGCUUACCCCUAGAGGCUGAGGUCACAGACGCCCUUGGAAAACUGUCAACGUGACAUUAUCACAGAAAUGGGGGGGGGGGCAAGAGAUGAAUACCGCCCCCUGCUGGUUCGAAAGACUUUUCAUCCUUCUUGGUUUACCUUUUACAGCGGUGGUUCCCCAUUACCGGUAGAUAAGUACUGCAAACCCCCUGUUUUUCAAAAGCUAAGCCCUGGACCCCUUACUUUUGAAAAUUUUGAUAUCUCUAUGGUAGUUUUUGUUAGGUGAAUAAGAACAACAUUAAUAUUUACAGGCCACCCAUCUGACUGGGUUGCCCCAGCCACUCUGGGUGGCUGCCAACAAAAUAUUAAAAACACAAUAAAACCUCAAACAUUAAAAAUGCAGACGACCCCCCCCCCCGGGUGGUUACACAGACCCGCUGACGUCCACAGACCGCCAAUUGGGAACUAGUAUUUUACAUAAUUUUCUGUUUUAUUAUUUUCUGUCCCUUUCUCCCUGACCAAUCAAAACUGUGUUGUAUCUGAUUAUCUGUAUCUGAACUGUAUAUCUGAACAGAUAAACUGUAUCUGAAGAAGUGUGCAUGCACACGAAAGCUCAUACCAAAAUAAAAACUUAGUUGGUCUUUAAGGUGCUACUGAAGGAUUUUUUUUAUUUUGCUUCGACUCAGACCAACAUGGCUACCUACCUGUAACCAAAACUGUGUUGAUUUUAAUGAAGCUUUGUCACUUGCUCAAAGCUUCUCUUUUGCUGUGAUAAGUAGCUAGGGUGCUUUAUUGGGAGGACACACACGGAGAGGUUCAAAUUCCUGUUCAUCCAUCCAGGGCAGCUGUGGGCUAAAGACAGGGUUUUCUUGGCCUCCCUUCCCUCACAGGCAGACUGUGUUCUGAGUGCUGCAGAAAUUAUUGAUAAUCAUUUAACAAAGGCAUGCUGUUUCCCAGCACGGCAAGUCCUUCCAGGUUUUUGAUUAUUCUGGCCUUAGUCAUACUGCUUAUUACUUUACCUUCUUUAAUCUGACAGUCGAGACUUGCUAUAGAUGGACUGAAAUUCCCUCACAAUGCUAUUUAUUCCUCAAGGUAAACCUUGUCCUUUCUCCCCCUGCCCCACUCCUUGGCUAAGCAUGGAGUUCGUGGUUGUUGCUGUCAUCUGCCUCCAUCCUGUUUUCCUCAGGUCAGUCGUCCUUGUUUCCUCAGAAUCCAGGUGUUGCCACAAAAGGGAGGACCGUUUCCUGGAGAUUGAGGGCUACACAACAGUGAUCCCUUCACCGUUCAGUUUGGCCACCUGGGCAUGAGUUUGGAUUCCAGUUGGUGGUGAUUCUGGGCCAGUACUUUGGUGCAAGGAGCUGGCUUUCAGGGCCUCUGCCCGUGGAGGCCCUGUCCUCGGGAUGCCUGGCCCCCAGCUCUCCCGCCAGCCAUCCACAGGCCCCCCCACAAUGAAAUCAAAGCGGUCCAGCGGAGAGUGCUCUAUGGUACACACAGACUCCUCACCCAGGUAGCCUGGGUUGGCUCCCUCCAUGGAUGCGUCGUCUCCCGGGCUGCAGCAUCCAGAUGGGGGACCCUCGGUCUGGGAGGCUCGGUGGCGGGUGACCUGCUGAGUGUCCAGCUGCGGCUCGGCUCUUCGGAAAGAGUAAUGGGCAAAUAUGCCGAUGAAGAACAUCUCGACAGCCAGGGAAUAGUAGUAGAUCACUGGAGGGGUGAAGAGAGAAUGAAGAAUAUGGUACACUCCGCAGCAGAGGUGGGGAACUUCCAGCCUGCUAGGGAUUCAGGUUUGGCCCAGGAGGUUGUUUCCCCCAAACCUUGCCCACUUUCCCCACAUCCAACAUUGUAUGCAAUUUCAGGUGUGGGGCAGGUAGAAAGAGACAUGACUGGCUGCGCUCUCCCAGUUGUACUGUAGGGAGAGAAUUGCCAAUUGUGUUAUUGAGCUAUAAAUCUGAUCAUAUAGUCUGCAUUGUAUAAUUCUGAGUAUGACUUAGCCACCCCCCCAAGGCCAGAUGAGCUGGCCUUGUCUGGAACACAGAAGGGCUUAUCAGCUGCUAUGCCUGACGCAUAGUCUUACUCAAGGCUGCUGGAAGUUGCUAGCUUGACGCAUGUGUUUAUGCAUAGGACCGGACACAGGAAGAUCCUUAUAUGUACCUGUGACCCCCUUACGUACGCACAUUUAGAAAGGAGCCCAAAGAAGUGUAUAAGAAGCUUUGCAAUUUGUGUUUCUUUACUCUUGUCGUGAAACAUGGAUCACCGAGAGUCCCUUAAAUUUAAGGAUUAAAAUUCUUUCUCUGAAUUCAACCCCGGUGUCUUAUUGACUGUCUCUGUCCUUGCCUGGGCGCAACUUAAAGGACCCUUAGUAGCUGAUAAGGCUACAGUACAUCGGCAAGCGAAAGCAGAUUCCUUACACCAGGCUUCCUCAAACUCAGCCCUCCCGAUGUUUUUGGCCUACAACUCCCAUGAUCCCUAGUUGCAGGACCAGUGGUCAGGGAUGAUGGGAACGGUAGUCUCAAAACAACUUGGAGGGCCGAGUUUGAGGAACCCUGCCUUACACCUUCCUUUGACGCUUAGGCCAGACCAGCCUCCGCCAACCUGAUGCCCUCUGUAGGUUUUGGAGUACAACUUCCAUCAGCCCCAGCUAGCUUGGCAGGCGUCGUAGUUGCACCAGCGGAAGCCAGCACAAUGAUUCCGAGUAGAAUAACAGGGACUUCUCCCUGCACACCUCCACAGCCUCCCCAGAUCUGCUCCAGGGGGUUGAGGGAACCCCGAGAACAGCAUGGGAGGGAGAGGGGCACUGUCAAGCAAGCAGAAAUGUUUACGCUGAUGGAACAAUCUCCUUAGCUCUACUGUGAAUACACCAGGUUGGUGAAGGCCAUAGCUGCCAAGUCUCCCGUUUUCCCCAGGAAAUCCCCGUUUUUCCA